AUGUCAGAAGAAGUUGUUAAACAAAUGGUUAGAUUUGUACAGUCAUUGCUAAUUUCGGUACCUCAGUAUGUUUUAGGUUCCUUAUCUGCUAUAGCGAUCUUAGGGGCCACACCGGUGGGUGGUUUUAGAGAGAAAAUUCGAUGGAUAUUUCUGUGUUUAGGGGCCCCUAUAGAGGGCCUCUAUUACUACUGCAAUGUAAAGAACGAUGCGAUCAUAAUGAGCACAUAUUGGCUCGAAUAUGAACAUUUUUAUGAAACUAAUAGACAGGUAAAGAAUGGUGUUACAAUACUCAACUACAGGCUUUUUGGAUGGCAUACUAAACAAAUGGAGCUCACCCCGAAACAGGAAGAAUCUAUGAAAGGAUGUGUAGCUGGAGCAUCAAUAUUAGAUCGCCUCAGUUACAUGGUAUCCAUUUACUACAUAAUAGUAGGGAUACUUGCAGGUAUAAUCAGGGCAGUCGGACCAUGUAUCAAAGAGGAAUGGCCAUAUAUACCACUAGCAUUGGCUUGGACUCUACCAGCAAUUUUUAAGAGGGUGAUAGGAGGGAGUGUGGUGGUCCACGAUCCUAACGAAAGGAUUGAUGGACAAAUAAUAGUAACUAAUUCAACAAAGGAUAGAAGACAUAACAUAAUUGAGACUGGUUUAUUCGCAAUGAUAGCUCCUUGGCUGGCAGUACUUCUGGCCUAUUUCACAAACCCAGUCGGGUAUGGAUGUAGGAGUAAAUUUCUGACCGUGUUGUGUGGGGUGUGGACACUAAAUAAUGUGAUUUCACUUUUAUUCAAUAUUACAAGAAUACGUGGCAAAAAUAUCCGAUUCCUAGUUCAUUGUUACUUUUGGAUUUCUGGUGCAUUUGUAGUAUUUAUGCUACUUUUCUUAAUUGUGCUAAGUAAUUCAAGACCAUUGUGGGUAAAAAUUUUUGGAGACACUUGCGCUGACCCAAAAACACCUUGUUUGAGCAUAACAGAUAUUAUAAACCAGUAA